AUGGCCUCCAAAAUCUCCCAAGGCGUGGAGAAAGUGGUGACCAUGGCAAGCAAUGGUAUUACUGACAAAAAACACGCUGACCUCCACCGUGACACGGUCAAUAUCCACGACAAUAAGCAUUUCAGCACCACAGAUUUUGGAACCAAAGUUGCUACACAAGAUGACUGGCUGAGAGUUGUCAACGAUGGUCGCACAGGACCGUCGUUGCUGGAAGACCAGAUUGCUCGCGAGAAGAUUCAUCGCUUUGACCAUGAACGCAUUCCAGAACGCGUUGUCCAUGCUAGAGGAGCGGGAGCUUUUGGAAGCUUCCGAGUCUACGAGUCGGCCGAAGAUGUUACUCAUGCGAAAGUGCUUACCGACACCUCACGCACUACCCCAGUUUUUAUACGCUUCUCGACAGUGCAAGGCAGCCGCGGGAGUGCAGACACCGUAAGGGAUGUUCGCGGCUUCGCCAUCAAAUUCUACACCGAGGAAGGAAACUGGGACAUUGUGGGAAAUGACAUCCCAGUAUUCUUCAUCCAAGACGCUAUGAAAUUUCCCGACAUAGUGCAUGCGGUCAAACCGGAGCCAGACAGGGAAGUUCCUCAGGCUCAGAGUGCACAUAACAAUUUUUGGGAUUUCCAAUACUUGCACUCCGAAGCUACGCACAUGUUCAUGUGGGCUAUGUCGGACCGUGGUGUACCACGAAGCUUCCGCAUGAUGCAAGGGUUUGGUGUUAACACGUUUCGACUGAUCAACAAGGACGGCAUCAGCCACUUUGUAAAGUUUCACUUUACUCCGACCCUUGGCGUCCAUUCUCUGGUGUGGGACGAAGCUUUGAAGCUUUCGGGGCAGGAUCCAGAUUUCCAUCGCAAGGAUUUGUAUGAAGCAAUCGACGAGGGUGUGUACCCGAAGUGGAAGUUUGGCAUUCAGACACUUCCCGAUAGUCGUCAAGAUGACUUCGAUUUCGACAUCCUCGACGCAACAAAAAUCUGGCCAGAAGAGGAUGUCCCAAUCCGCUACAUUGGAGAGCUCGAGCUAAAUCGCAACAUUGAUGAGUUUUUCACCCAAGUCGAGCAGGCUGCCUUCUGCACAUCACAUAUCGUCCCUGGUAUUGACUUCUCAGAUGAUCCGCUGCUCCAAGGCCGCAAUUUCUCAUACUUCGACACGCAACUUUCGCGACUGGGCAUCAAUUGGCAAGAGUUACCCAUCAAUAGACCUGGCAGACAUCGGAUCACAGCUGGCAAGGUCAAUUACUGGCCUAACCGUUUCGAAGCUGUACCACCUGUUCCUCCGUCCGAAGGCGGAUUCAAUUCGUUCCCUGAAAAGAUUCAGGGCAUAGCAGAACGGCUGAAGAGCAAGAAAUUCUCCGAACACAUCAAUCAGGCCCAGCUCUUUUACAAUUCGCUGACUCCACCUGAAAAAUAUCAUCUCGAGAAUGCCCUUGGCUUUGAGCUCGAUCAUUGUGAUGAACCAAUAGUCUAUGAACGCAUCUGUGAUCGCCUUCGUGAUAUUGACCUCGAGCUUGCCAAGAACGUUGCAACCCUCGUCGGAGCCCCCGUCCCCGAAAAAGAGGGUCGUCCAAAUCACGGCAAGAAAUCUAAAUCCCUCUCCCAAACCUAUUUCAUGCCCUCAGAACCAACCAUCGCUAGCCGGCGGGUCGCAAUCCUGAUCGGCGACGGCUUCGACAAAGCCACCGUCAAGGCAAUGCAGACCUCACUCAAAGCCGCCAACGCAUUCCCCUUCGUCAUCGGUGUCCGAAGAUCCACCAUAUACGGCGAAGGCGAAGACAAAUCGUCCAGCAGCGCAGGUAUGAUGCCAGCCCAUCACCUGGAGGGCAUGCGCUCCACCAUGUUCGAUGCCCUCUUCAUCCCUGGCGGCUCCCAUAAUCAAACGCUGCAGAAGAAUGGCCGGGCAAUCCAUUGGGUUCGUGAAGCCUUUGCACACUGCAAAGCUAUCGGUGCAAUGGGCGAGGCUGUUGAGCUCAUCAAAACAGCCAUUGGAUCUGUGGACAAGGUCAAGCUGGCGUCAGUCGGCGAGCAGGGUGUUAUUGAAUCAUAUGGAGUGGUGACUGCAGGCAAAUCUGAGGCAUCCGGCAUAGGGGAGAUGAUCAAAAUGCUUAAGGGUGCGAAGGAUUUUGCUGGCGCGUUCUUCUAUUCCAUCUCGUGCCAUAGGCAUUUUGAGAGGGAGAUGGAGGGCUUGUCGAGUAUGGUUGCUUACUGA